AUGCGUGAUCAUGGUAUAAGUCGAGAGCAAUUUUCUAAUUUAAUAUCAUCAUUUGAAUCUAUUCUUGCAUCAAGUUACAAGAAAACAACAUCAACUGAUCAAUGGACACGUGAAGACAUGAAAUGUUGGUUUCAACAAAAUCAUUUAUCUAAUCAUUUAAUUAAUGCAUUAGGUUUUAUUAAUGGAUCUCAACUUAUUCUUUAUGGAAAAUUAACUCUUGAUUCAACAGUACGUAUUAAUGAAGAAUAUGAUCGAUUGAGAAAUAAAAUUGGACACGACCUUUUUCAUCUUGAUGAAUAUGUUCGUUUUUUGGAUUGUUUGAAAACAAUUGUCGGUGAAUCAAAAUCAAAACAAGAACAAGCCUCAUGCAACAUACUGUAG